UUAUAUAUAUAACAAAGAUAAUAUGCAGUUCUAAUUAAAUACAAUAUAAAAUCGUUGCAAAUAAGCAUUAGGUAAAGCACCCUAGCAGUCAAGUUUUGAAAGAGGGGGAGGAUUUGAACCAGCAAGGAUAAACUAGAUUUUCUUUCAUUGUACAAUAAGGCAAGAAAAUGAGAAAAAGUUUGAUGAAGUUUUGUCGCAAAAGGGAUAGAUGAACUUUAUGUGAUCAUUUUCAAAAAAAACUGAUGCAAGUUUAUUUACUUAGGCAACGUUGAAAAAAGAUGGAUGACGUUAAAUGGAACGAUACAUCCCACAAUGCAACAGUAAUUAUUCAACGCCGUGACAACAUCGCUAUUAUCAUCUCAGGAAUCAUCCUCUUUUUCAUCAUUGUGUUUUCCGUCAUUGGAAACGUUGCAGUGAUCAUGGCGAUCAAAACAAACUCACGACUUCGGGAGCAGAUAUCAAACAUUUUCAUCCUAAAUCUAAGUAUUGUUGAUUUGUGUACAGCAAGUCUUAUCAUGAUGACCACAUUCGUGCAACUGGUCACAGAUGCUGACGAAAUGCCAAAAAUAUGGUGCCUUUUAAACUGUGGAUUGAACUAUGUGUUCAUAAUCGCUUCAAUGUCAACACUUGCUUUUGUCAGCAUUGAUCGAUAUAUGGCUAUUAUCCAUCCAAUGAAAUAUGUGACGAUGAUAACAAAACAAAGGGUAGUCGGUAUGGUGAUGUACGGGUGGAUUUUAGGACUUAUAUUUGGUUCGGUGCCGAUUAUUAUGGACUGGAUACAGUAUGAUUAUUGGGAGGUCAUCUGCGCCAUCGACUGGAACUAUCAAGCAGCCGUAAUCUACGUCAUCGCCGCAUUCAUCAUUUGUUUUCUACUCCCAGGGAUCAUCAUGAUCUAUUGCUACUUAAAGAUCAUUAAGGAGGUGAAACGAAUGGAUAAGAGCAUGCCAGCAGCCCCAAGCAUUGGUGACAUAACUGAACUGAAUGGCUCAACACAGAAAAAGACGAGAAAGGAGCAAUCUAAAAGCAAGCACACAAAAAAGACAAUCACAAGUCUCCUCAUCGUCGUGGCCUUUUUCUUCAUAUGUAUGACACCAUUUUGUGUCACUAAACUCCUCAAGGUUGUUCUUGAAAAUACAAACAUGGUGCCUGCCUAUGCUAAUCUUUUUGCGUCAUGGUUUCAAUAUGUUGCGAGUGCAAUUAAUCCGUUAGUCUAUGGGAUUUUCAGGAAAGAUUUCAAAAGGUCUUUCCGCAGGCAGUGUGCUAAGAUUUCUUGUAAUACAAUCAUUUUCCGGGACAGUUCUACCAGCCCUACUAAUGGCGACACCUUUAACUCAAGGACAAGAGACAAACUAAAUUCUUUGACAAAACUAAAUGUGAAAGAAGUAUCGGCUCAAAAUAUGUUGACAACCCCUGUUAUUCAAGCAAAGAAAAAUCAUACAAAUGUGGAAUUACUCGACAUCACAUCAGACAGAAAAACAUCUGCAAGUGACAUCACUGUAGAAGUCAAGGAUGAAAAGCCAACAAAACCUGACGUAAAAACAAUUGACAAUGCAGGAAAAUGUAACAUCAAAGUGUUACAAGUCCAACUUUAUGAUACCCCGUGUGGUCCUUUCACACCGGAAGUACUUACAAAAAAUCGCUCCACCCAAAGUCACCACUACAACGGCGUCCAUCAGAAAACUGCUUUUUCAACGAACAAUGAAAAGAAAAAUUCUGAACUUGGGUUGCCUAUUGCUCAAUGAUGAUAUAGUAGUAUAUUAUAUUUGUAUAAGUAAAUUGAUUGAUCAAAAUAAUAAUUUGUACAGAAAAAUAAUAAAAUUAUUUAUGUAAUAUGUCGCGAUACCUCAA